UGAUUUGUUAUAGUUUCUUGGAGUUUUUCUAAUGUUAAGUCAAUUUAUAAUUUAACUUUGUUAUGUUACAAAUAUUUAAUUAUGUGCUCUUUAAAUAUCCGGAAUGCUCAGUGCUUAAAUGAAUUAUAGAAACGUUUUGAGUGUUUUCAACAAAUUCUCUCAUAAAAUAUAUUUUUGUGUGGCAUAGAAGAGCGGCACAAUGAAUAAACCCGUAAUUUUAUCUGGUUACGACCUUGUGGCUAAAGGAAUAACUAAAAAUCAGGCAACUUUACCUGAAUUAGGCUUGAAAGAUAUAUUCCCUAAUGGAUCAUGGCUCGAAGCCAAACAGAUCCAAUCUGCUAUUGAAGCUCGAAAACAUCUUAUUGCUGCCGAACGAAUUGAGAAGAGUGGUGUUCUGAGUCAUGCGGAAUGGAGAGAAAACUUGAUGUUAGCAGAAGUAAUCCAGAAAUCAGGUGGUCAUUGGCAGUUCGUGGGGCACAAUAUUGGAAAAAAAUUAUAUUUAUAUCCAGAGGAAACCCUUUUCUUGAUUGAAAUUAAUAGUCUACUUCUUAAACAUAAUGAUGUGAAAGUUUCUCUACAACAAGCUUAUUCUUUAUUAUUACGAGAUAAAAAUUCAUUUCUUGAAUACAAAGUUUAUGCAACACUAAGCAGAUGGGGUUAUAAAGUGUUUAGACAUACGGAUACAAAUGUUUCGGAUAUAUGUAAUUCAGAUGAAAUGAAUGAAACAAAUAUUAAGUCAGAUGGUUCACAAAGUUCAUUAACAGAACAUAUUGAUGACAAAUUAAAAGUCAUGGAAAGUGAACAGAAUAAUGGAAUAUCAGAAAGUAACGAUGAUGAAGAGAGAUGUAAUUUAAAAAGAAAAUCUUCACUGGUUGAUGAUGAUUCAGAUGAUUCGCAAACUAAUAAAAUGGGGGAAACCUCGAAUUGCAAAAAGCCUAAAAUUAAAGACCAAACAAGUAUCUAUUUAUAUAAAAUAGAAAAACACAAAAACAGACAAUUUAAACCUUCUAAUGCCAAAAAACUGCACAAAUAUUUUGAUAACAUACCAAAUGUUGUAAACAAUGAAGUAGUAACUAUAAAAGUACCAGAUAAGCAAUAUAUUCCAAACAGUAUAUAUUUUAGUAAAACUACAUAUAUACUUAAUUUGAACUCUGUUCGAACAAAACAAUUGCGUGCCCAAUCCCCACAAGAAUCUCAAACAUCUAGUUCUACAGGUGAAGUGAAUAGAGGUCACUUUAUGAGAAUCCGUGGUAAUUACAACAGAUUUCAAAUUCCUCCAUACAUAAUGUAUUCCCCUAUGAACGAUCCAAGGAACAAUAUUACGUACCGGCCAUUUAACUGUUGGCAUUCAUAUGUAAGAGCUAAUUACUACCAUUACAAUAUGUCCUUUCAAAGACCUCUCUUGGGAAAUUUCGUCUUCACACCCAGGUUUCAAUAUUUUCCUAGAUUUCAAAACUUUAAUAGACCGCGAUACAAUUUUGGUCGACCAUAUAACAGACGACAAAGAAAAAGAUCGCAAGAUAGUACCAAGCAUUUUCAUUUAGAAUCUCUAAUGAAAUUAGCGGCAAGAUUAAAAAAUCUGGCGACAUCUGGACUCGCGCAUUCCGAACCAUUAGCUGCAUUAAACAAUCUAAUACAGACAUAUAAUACCCGUUAUGGUUCGAAAAUUAAACUGUCGGAUGAUUACGAAAUUAUUGAAGACGAAAAUAUUUUAGAUACAAUAGAACUAGACGACGAUGGUGAACAGAUUAAGAAAAAACCUCGUUUAGAUUCAAACCCUGAUACAUAUACUAUUAAUUUUAAUAAUAUAAUACAACUGGCAGAAAGAUUAAAGAAUCUUGAAAAUGAUAAUAAAUCAUCUGCACGACACAGAAGAGCUUUUUCCAAUCUAAUUAAAACAUUCAAUAAAUCUUUCAAUGCGGACAUUUAUGUCACAAAUAAUUUUAAAGUUCUAGAUAGAAGUUUUAUAACUCUAGAAAGUUCUUCCGAUUCUGAUUGCUUGAUAGAUGAAAACGAUAACUCUAGUGGUAAAAAAGUACGGAAUCCAUUUAAUAUUUUAAAACGUCUCUCGGAAAAACGUAACAAAUCAUUAGAUGCACCAGGCACAAGCAGUGACACACUUAACGAAAAGUCUGACGUAGAUGAUUAUCGUGACGUAAUACAAAAGAACCUAAGUAAAGAAUGGAUACCAGAAGAUAACGAUUUUGGAAGACCUGAAAUUUGUGGUGCUGUUGACGAACCAAAUACAGCAAAUUUAUUUUACGAAUUUAUAAAAUUUCAUCUAGAAAAUUAUGAAAAUUGGCUUGACCUUAAAGUAUCUUUCUUGAGUAGUCUGGAAGAGACUGCAGAUUUUUUUAGAAAAAAGACUGAUAUAGAAAGCGUACAGAAUAGAUCUUUAGUAUCACCUGAAGAUUGUGUUGAUAUAGUUUCUGUGUUGAAAAAAUUAAGCAUUAUUAAAUCUCAUGAUACGACUGGUGAAACAAGUCUUAAAAUAGAUUUUAAUGUGUACAACAGAGAUGUACAACAUUUUAGAAAGACCAAUCCUCCUGCACCACAUUUCAGAAUAUCAUGCUUAGACGAAUCAGAGAAAUUUCCCAGCGGCGAAGAAAUCGCAAGUCUUCACGCAAAAUAUAAAGAUGACGUACGAAUAGUUUUUGCUAUUGUAGGCACCGGCACAAUUAACUUUGUACAAAUAAAUCCAAUCAGUUUACCUACACACAUUUCCAGUAAUGUGACCUGAAUUAUAUCACUUACUAAUAUAAUAAAAUAA